GUGUUUGGUUCAGUUAAACGUUAAGAAAGCUUGAAUGUAAUCAGAUCACAAUGUAAUCAGAUCACAAUCUGCUUUGUAUAAGAAAGCUUAUUAAACCCUGCCUCCAGACACACGGCUUCGAUUUUUCAUCUGGAUUUAAGGAGGGAGAGAAAUGGAAUCAGAAUGUCACAUCACAUUCUACUGAACUAGAAGCUGGGGAACUCUCGUGCACAUAAAGUAACCUGUCAAAAUGUCGAUGGAGAACUUCAUCCUGUAUGAGGAAAUUGGAACAGGACCCAAGUCAGUGGUUUAUAAGGGGAGGAGGAAAGGGAGCAUCAAUUUUGUUGCAAUUAUUUGCAGUGACAAGUCAAAAAGACAUGAAAUUACUAACCGCGUACGGCUAACUCAUGACAUUAAACAUGAGAAUGUGGUAACCUUCUAUGAGUGGUAUGAAACCAGCAACCAUCUUUGGCUUGUAGUGGAACUGUGCACAGGGGGUUCACUGGAGUCAGUCAUCACCCAGGAUGAGUGCCUGUCAGAAGAUGUAGUGAGGGAAUUUGCCAUCGAUCUGGUCAAAGGCUUGAGAUACAUCCAUGAUGCUGGUAUCGUGUUCUCUGACCUCACUCCCUCCAAGAUCUUGUUGGAUGGCCCUGGCACUUUGAAGUACUCUAACUUCUGCCUGUCUAAAGCUGAGGGGGAGAAUCUGGAGGAGUUUUUUGCUUUAGUCACAGCAGAGGAAACCGGUGGAGGGGAUGGCAAAGAAAACACAUCAAGAAGAAAUAUCAAGAGCAGAAUCCAAGGGUCUCCAAUAUACUGUGCACCAGAGGUGGUCAAAGGGGGGGACCACAGUAUCAGUAGUGAUCUGUGGGCCCUGGGCUGUAUAUUCUAUGAGAUGUUUUCAGGAAAACCACCAUUCUUCUCCGAGACGUUUUCUGAGUUGAUUGAGCUGAUAUUACUUCAGGAUCCUCAAUCUCCAAGGCAAACGGGGGCUUCUUCCUGCAAGCCUACACAAGAGUUCCAAAGCCUGCUUCAAGGUUUGCUUCAGAAAGACCCUCAGAAGAGGAUAAACUGGACUCAGUUACUGGUCCACCCAUUCUGGAGAGGAGUGUUCUCUGAGGUCCACACCAGCGAGGAGGAGGAGGAGGAAGAAGAAGAUGUCUCAUUCAGCUCCAGUGUGGGGAGGAGUGGUGUCUGUGCCUCUAGCCAGUCAUCAGCAGUGACACCUGUCUCAGCGACCUCCCAGGGACCAGGAGGGGGAUACAGAGGGGUACAGGGAGGGGCCGCAGGGGCAGAGGAGCCUGUCCGCAUGCACCCCAACAAAUCAUUCCGAUUAGACAAAAUGACAGAGCUUAGACCAAAGAGUGCACUGGACAAAGAUACCAGGGAGUCCAUAUUCCUCCUCAGCUCUCGUCCAACUCCAAGAAUGAGUUGCACUGCAAGAGAUCCACCCAACAGGACACCAUUACCUCAAGACAGUGUGGUGGCCAGUGGUCUGAAUGACAUCAGUUACUGUAUAAAGGACCUGGUGUACACUGACUCUGACCUGGCAGUCACACCUAUUAUGGACAACCCAAAGAUUCUGAAGACCGCUCCAGUGCGAUAUGACCUGAAGACCUUGUGUGUCCGAGCAUACUCAGAUGAGAAGCUGUCCUGUCUGAGCUCUGAGGACUGGAGGGUGUUUCUGCAGCAGCUGUGCUCUUCUCUGGAGGCCCAGGCUGAUAAGACCACGGCGGCGGUCCGCUCUAAACUCAACCUCCUCUGCUAUCUGUGUACCAUAGCUGCCCACAAGGACACAGCUACCAGGCUUAUCAACUCCGAGCUG